UAUUCAGAGGUGCCAGCAAAUGCAAGGUGACAGGCACAGAGGAACAAAGGAUGAUCACUUUUUCCUCUCGGUGAACGACAAUGGUGAAGAACAGAAAGAUGCCGGUGGGGCGUCACGAGCAUUGUGACAAGUGCUACAAUGCUCACUGUAGAGCCCCGAUGCAGAGUUCAGUUUCAUGCUCGGUUGUCAAAUGUCCCAAGAACUGCGGCUUCACCUUCCAUCUGUGCAAGCAAGACGAGCAUCAGCUUCUCUGUCCUAAUGAGACAGUCCCCUGCCUCAAUGUCAUCUACGGAUGCCCUCUCUUGAUGCUGCGCCACAGACGGGCGAAGCACCUAGAGGUCUGUCCUGCCAGUGUAGUCUGCUGCUCCCAGGAGUGGAACCGCUGGCCGGUUUCUGAAAAGGAUCUGACCUUUUACAGAAAUGUCUCCGAAACCUGUCAGACAGCGCCGCACCUUGACGUUGCUGCGGCUCUGAGGGACCAAGACGUGCUGUUUCGAUCCAUAAAAAUGAAGAAUAUUUUCCCGGAGCUGAUGAAGCAGGAGCCCGUCCUCCAGGAAAAGGUUUCCGAGGUUAACCGUGCUGCAGAGGAAACAGCCUGUUCUUCCGAUAGGAGCAGCACAGAGACAGAAGAAAAUGAAGUCAUCCAAGAGGAGAGGGCCUCUGCAAUGAGCGUUCAGGACUACGCUUCCUGGGAGAAAAUAUUUACAAAAGAGAUGGGAGGAUGCAAGGAGACUGUCAAGAACAUGAAUACGAGGGAAGGAAGGGGAAAGAAGAGGGAGGAUCAGGAAACAGCAAACUGUCAGGAAGCGAGAAGAAACUCACAACUGAAUCACGAGAACUCUGCUGCUGCUUCAAGCACGGAUGGUGCAACUGGCCUCGCGCCAUGGCAAGACGGGGUCCUGGAGAGGUUAGGCAGAGAAGUAAACAUUGCAGAUUACAACAUGUAUCUGGUGCACCAUGGAGCCAUGUUGAUUAACUUCGGCCAACUUGCAGCCUGCACCCCAAAAGAGAAGGAUUUCGUUUAUGGGAGUUUGGAGCCCAUCGAGGUUCAAACCGUCCGCACGUUCAACGUUCCGACCAGCUACAGAGCCAAGCGCAUUUUCCUGAAGGACCCAGCAAACAAAGCCAAGACCGAACACAAGAGCGUGGACACUGGAGACUUGGACUCAUUAGUUCCCGUGCUCCCAAAGAGCGAUGAGGUUAGUGCCACACUCCUGUGCUCCCUGGAGAAGGAACUCAAAGGACAUUUAAUCUCAGAGAGCACGAGCGUAGACGGUAUUUAUGUAGACGUAGGAACACAAACGUACGACUUUAGCUCGGCUCCCUUUGAAUCAGACGCGUCCCUCGCCGACGUCAUUGCCGACAAACCCCCGUGUCUUUACAUGCACGUCGAAGCAGAAUCUGUCACGAGAAGACACAACCGGACAAGCUCUGCCUUCAGCUACAUGUGUGGCCACUUCUUUCGCCGCGACGAGUACCGCUCUCAUUUCAAGAAUGUGCACUCUGACAUACAGGCCUCGCUUAGCGGCUGGCUGCAACAACGCUGCCCCUUAGCAUACCUCGGCUGUACUUUCACCCAGACAAGGCUGCAGCCUGCGAGGCACCCAGCGGCAAUUAAGUUCUGCCCACAUGUCAGCACCUUCGUCCUCCAGCCACAAGUGCCCUCGUCCCUCUGCGAAGGCGGGAAAGCCUCGAGCCCUCGGAGAAGAGGUGCAUGUGAUCUGGAUCCGCUGGGCGCGCUGCCCGUGGAGGUUCUCCAGCAUAUUGCCGCUUACCUGGACAGUUUUACAUUGUCUCAGCUGUCACAGGUCUCCCACCUGAUGAGGGAUCUGUGUGCCACUCUGUUGCAAGAGAGAGGGAUGGUGUCUCUCAAGUGGAAGAAGAAGACGUACUCCCACGGGGGAAGCUCUUGGAAAUGUCGAAAGAAAGUUUGGGAGUUCAGCUCUUUGUUCUCCUCUGUGGACAGAUGGAGCCUCGGCAACACUCCCUCCAUGUCAGAACACCUGAAAUGCUGCUCCUUCUACCGGAGGGAGGAGCGCACUGAGCCGGUGGUGUUACCCUGCCUGGGAGAGGUCAGAGACAAACACGGAGAAGUGAGGCAUGAGAGAUAAUGCACAGAGCUCAGUGGGCGCGAAACGAACCACUCUGAUGUGAUACAGCAUGAAAGUGCAUGUAAAGCCUCCACAUACAGUUAUCCAGCUGCUGAUGGAAACAGAUGAGAGUUUAGGGCUGUGUUUGUGCUGAAGCCCCUGCAGGCACAUGAUGCAUGUGUGCAGAUUUUUAUUGUGGCAUGAAAUGCAAUUAUAAUAUUAUGUGAUGUUCACGACUGUUCCGUAAGAUCUUCACAAAUAAUUUUCCCCCUGCAAUGAGAAAGAAUGUUUCAAGAUUGAUGUGGAGUUUAUUAAGACAAUUCUAUUUCGAUUUUCCCUUAAGGAGUUUAAAAUUAGAGUUUGAUAGCUGCUCCUAAUGUGUGUGUCAUGUGUCGUUAUUUCCACUUGAUUUCAGUCUUGUGUUAGAGAUCGCUCAAGAACAACAGAUGUUGUUCAUGUUGACUGUUUUCCAGUGUGGUUAGACUGCCAUCUGCUGGACAAAAGCUAUAGUGUCUCACUCACCGGUGUGGAAUGGCGUCACGCCGUAAAACAAGCCUGAUAUUUGAAUGCUGAGCAUGUCACAUGUCCCACAUGUCGUGGGUGACUUAAUACAGACUGUAACAGCUUUGUUUCUGAUUUAGACUCUGUGAUGUGAGUGCGUGUCAUUGACAUUAUAGUGUGUAUAAUAAAGAUGACCC